CUUCAUUAAAUACGGUUUUGUUUUCACUUCCAGAGUUAAGAACGAGCAAACUCCUCGUUCUGCCAUUACUCUUCGAAAUUCAAAUUCGAAACGGAAGCAAAUCGAAUUGAUUUUGUAGGAAGAUGGAGCAGAUGCAAUCGCAAGCUAUGGAACACUUCGUGAUUAAAACCAUUUCUUCCUUCAGCGCUAACGUCCUAGCUUCCGUUCUUGUAGAAGCCACUUCUCACCGCAACCUCUUCAUUUUCUCAGAUUUUUUCUCCCUCUCAUCUCUUCAGCAGCUUAAAGCAACUGAGAACUGUGUUUAUCUUGAUAUGCUUCAGUUGUUUGCAUAUGGAACAUGGAGUGAUUACAAGAAUAAUGCUGGUCGUCUUCCGCAAUUGAUGCCUGAUCAGAUCCUCAAGCUUAAGCAACUCACUGUUCUUACACUGGCUAGCACGUACGAGGUACUACCGUAUGACCAGCUGAUGCAGGAGUUAGAUGUGACAAAUGUUAGUGAACUUCAAGAUUUUCUGAUUGAUGAAUGCAUGUACUCGGGACUGGUAAGAGGAAAGCUGGAUCAUCUGCGACAAUGCUUUGUGGUCCAGUUUGCAGCAUGUAGAGACUUGAGUCCUGCUAACCUUGGGAGUAUGAUACAGACACUCUCCAACUGGUUGUCUGCAUCAGAAAAUCUUCUUGUUGUACUUCAAGAGGAAAUAAUAUUGACUGAUGCUAGGCAUGAAAUUGAGAAACUGAAAAAGAAGUGUGUGGAACAGAAUCUACAAGAAGUAAAGAAUAAUCUUGUAAAGGCCGUUCCCAUAACUGAUUAUGUAUCCUGUGGGAAGCAGGAUAAGUUGUGUAAAGGGUUUGUUCUGGAUAACGUCCUUGCUUUAAUUUAAAACUCAAUUAGCAAACUUAGGGUCAAACCUUGAAAGUGUAAUACCCACAAUUGCAUUCUAUAAUUUUCUCCCAUUUUUAUUCUGGUGAUUGCCUAGAAGUUUCAUGUGAGAUCAUGAUACAUCUUUUUCUCAUUAUGGCUGAUUGUAAGUACCUAUUUUGGGCAUUCAUUGGUGGAAUUCUGACAGAACUGGAUCAGAAUUAGUAAGAAAAACGGAAAUCUAAUUCAAAUCAAUCCUCACACUGUAGCUCAAUAGUAGGUGGAUUCAUAAACGGAAAUGGUUAUAACAAAUUGCUGAAAACAAAUAUAUAUAUAUCUCAAGUAUUCUCUUCCUUACCUAUAUUUUCCUACCCUCUAUAUCACCAAUAUUUGCCCACUAAACAGUUGCAACUAUUUUAAUAAAUCCUUACGACUCUCAUCUUCUGUUACCAGUCUUUCUCUUUUUGAUAUAAACCUUCUGAAUGGCUGAUUUACUAACACGGUCUUUAUGUUUGAAUGGAACCAGUAAGUAUCUGUUAAAUAUUACAAAAAAUUUGUACAGAAUUUUUUAUCUAAGGAGAAAAACUCAAUUUCUUUAUUAACUGAUAAAAAACAACUAAUUGGUUUUGUUUAUUGGAUUUGAUACUACUAUUUCUCACUUUGGACAGGACUCUGUAAAAACUAAUUUAGUAAUCAAAAUUGAACGCCCGGAUUUGAGAAAAACGAUAUCGCUCUGCUGAUUUAAUUUAGUUUUAUUAGGUUGGUCAGUCAGUUCCUUGAAUCCCUCCACUGUAUAUUUUUUCUUUGCUGGAUUAACCCCUCUAAUGUAUGCAGUUAGUUAUAUGGGAUGGGGUAGUUUGGCUACUGGAAGAUGUUUAAGAGGAAAAGCGUUUAUUAUUACGAGGGAGGGAAAAAAAAUAGUCCCAGAAAUAUAUUGCACUCUAUAUUUAAGAUGAUAACUGUCUGCAUAAAUAUCGUAUCCAACCUGCCCUUUUAUCUCUAUAUUGACUUUAAAUUUUGAGGGCAAUUGUGUUGGGCAAGGAUUUUGCGUUAUACUUGUAAUGAAUAGAAAAAAACAUUAAGGAUUUGGAAUUUCAUUUGAUAAUAAUAUAAAACCUUGUCUGCUAGACACACUGAUAAUUUGCUGUUAUAAUUUAUUGUGGGGAUAUAAUGGUCGACAUGUCUUUGUUACACUAAAUGUAUGAACCACAACUGCUUAUCUGUUAUAGCAGUUCAGUUUCCCUCUUGUAUAUAUAUAUAUAUAUAUAUAUAUAUGGGCUCUUGAAGCUCCCAUUUAAAGUGCGUUUCUUUCUCGUAUUUUCUUU